CACUCCCCCCUUUUUGACAACUGUUAAAGAGUGGAAGGUGAUGAUAAUGGCCAUGAAUCGAUGAACAUUGCGGGACACAGUUUAGGCAACUUUUCCCCCACCCUAAUAAUCCAUAAUCCAUCAAUUUUUGAAACUUGCUGUGCGUAGCCUAUCAGCAGCGGUUCAUGACGGAAAGCAUGGCGCUGAGUGGAAACUGUAGGACUAACCCAACCAAAGAGCAGGCAUUAGUGCAGAACAGUUUCCCAGAUGUGGUCGAAUUAAAUGUAGGGGGACAGGUUUACUACACGCGUCACUCAACUUUGGUGAACAACCCGAAUUCCUUCCUCGGGAAACUCUUCUCCUCCAAAAAAGAGGCGUCAAACGAUUUGGCCAGAGACCCCAAAGGACGAUUCUUCAUCGACAGAGACGGAUUUCUAUUCCGGUAUGUUUUGGACUUUCUGCGGGACAAACAGGUCGUCCUCCCGGACCAUUUCCCAGAGAAAGGGAGGCUCAGGAAAGAGGCGGAGUACUUCCAACUACCCGACCUAGUGAAGCUGCUGACCCCGGAGGACAUCAAGCAGAGUCCGGACGACUACUUUCACAGCGACUAUGAGGAUGGCUCCCAGGGCAGCGACCACCGUCAAUGCCCGCCGCCCUCCCUGGUCCCGGCGGACAGAAAGAGCGGCUUCAUCACGGUGGGGUACCGGGGCUCGUGCACCAUGGGCCGGGAGAGCCAGACAACUGACGCCAAGUUCAGGAGAGUACCGCGGAUACUUAUAUGCGGGCGCGUGGCUCUGGCAAAGGAAGUUUUUGGGGAGACCCUGAACGAGAGCCGGGACCCGGACCGUACCCCGGACCGGUACACCUCCCGAUUUUACUUGAAGUUCAAACACCUGGAGCGGGCUUUUGACAUGCUGUCGGAGUGUGGUUUCCAAAUGGUGGCCUGUAAUUCAUCAGUGACCGCGUCCUUUAUAAACCAGCUCACCGAGGACAAGGUCUGGUCCAGCUACACAGAAUACGUCUUCUACCGUGGUUCCUCACGUUGGUCGUCCCCUCCAUGUGACUGCUGCUGCAAGAACCACAAGGGUGACGGUGAAGGCGAGAGUGGCACCUCCUUUAACGACCUUUCCACCUCCAGCUCUGAAAGCCACUCAGAGGCCAGCUCCCCACAGGGAACCGUCAUCCGUGGGCCGGUCAGCCGUCAGCAACACCCCCACGCCAAUGUCCAAACCCUCGACAGGCCACUGAAAAAGGGCCCCGUUUCCAUGAUCCAGCAGUCCGAACAGCGGCGGAAGAGCGACCUGCUGCGCACGCUCACGGCGAGCUCCCGCGACACCAGCUGCAAGAAGAGGCCGGUGAAAGAGAAGCCGACGGUGGAGGAGGAACUGGAAAAGUGCAUUCAAGACUACCGCAAGAUCAAGAUCCCCGAGAGGUUCCCCGAGAGGAAGUACAUGUGGCAGGCUGACCUGCUGAGAAAGUAUCGCCUCUGAGGCGGGAAACACGGCGGAGAGCGGAGGUGUGGAAACACGAGGCCAAGGAUCAGUUUACAUGUUUUUUGAUUAUGAUUUUUGCAACAAAUCAGUCGAGACAAUUUAACUCCAGAUUCUGGGCGGUGGAGCAGUAGGUUAAACAAAGAAAGAAGAAAGCAUCAAACUUAUUCGUAUCUAUGUGUGUGUGUGUGUAGUUUAGGCCCUCUGUAUGUACUGUCCGUAUGUGCCGUUGAACAGUUUAUCCUUAAGGACCAAUCAAAAUGGGGAAUAAGACAUCCUUUAUGAACUGAAACAACCAAACGAAGACUUAGCAAAUGCACACUAAGAUUCGCCGAGGGACUCGCGCACACACUGGCAAAAAAAACACUGAUCAAGUAUGUGAAUGUGAGUGUUUAUGUGUGUGAAUGUACUUGCACCCAGGCGGCCUAGAGGUCACAGUUGUUUCUGUUAGGACCUUUUAAUAAUGCAUGCCGUCCCGACAGGGCUCUAAAUACACUCGGAGCUCUCCGCUGCCAGUGGAGUGUAAACAGGUGGGUCAAUUACUUCACUUUUUAUUUUCUUUUGGCAACAUCUGCGGAUCUCCGGUGCAGAAGGAGUUACGAUUUCAUCAGCACUUCAAUUCAUUUUCUUCUUAUAAUUCCAUUGAUGAUGCACAUGCACAUGCACAUGCACAUGCACGCACGCACCCCCCCCCCCCCCCGAGCGAAUCAAAUUUCUGUGCAUCGAUUUUUGCUGCGUCAGCGAGAUGUAGGGCAAUACCCAGGUUAGCGUGUGAGGGAAGUUAGAGUCAAGGAUUUGAUUUGAUGGCCACACCGUUGGGAAAUACAAAGGCUCAAUAAAGAAAAGUCCUGAUUCGACAUAAAUACACACACACACACACACACACACACACACACUCUUCCCCAUUUAUAUCACAAAUAUUUACCCCUCGCCCUCAUUACUGCGCACAAGCGAUCGGUGAGGUGACUUAAACCAUGCCUACUGUGACAAGUGCAGUAAAUACAGACAGAAGAGGACGUGACUGCUUCAUUUGCUUCAGACCUCUCAAACACACACGGAUUCGUUCUACGCCGAGCGGUGGUCAUCGAUAUUUAUUGACGACGGGGUCAGUUGAUGGAGCCGAUCGCUGGUGGCUCUUGUUUACAGUUAUUAAUGAAGCCUCUGGGUGACUGAUGACGACAAGGUGUUCAUCUUUCCACUGAAAAAUCAACCGUUAUUCAUGUAUUCAUUUACAGUCGUGGCUCUGCCAGAGUCAAAGGGAUUUAAUGCAACAUGUGACAAACAAAGAUUUAAAAUGUGUGCUUUCAAAUGAUUAUAAAUUCAGAAUUUAUUUAAAAUGUAAUGUACAUGUGCGAGUAAUAAUAAUAAUAAUAAUAAUAAUAAUGAUAUACUAGAAGUUGUUUACUUA